UAUCAUUUUCUAUACGAAGAAUGAGAAUUUUCCGAACGAGAAAAUGUGUGUAUGUUCUUCCUCUCAUAGCUCUCUUGAUUGUUCUCAUGUUCUUCCUUCACUAUCACAAUCUUGAGACAGUUACAACAACUCAAACCAAGUAUGAUCCAGAAAAACAAGAAUUGAUUCAAGUGCUGAAGAAAGCAGCAAUGGAAGACAGAACAGUUAUCCUCACCAUGGUAGAUGAAUCACAUGCAAGACCAGGAUCUAUGCUUGAAGUUUUUCUACAAAGCUUCGAAUAUGGACAAGGGACUCAAAGAUUUUUGAAUCACUUAGUUAUCAUAACUACGGAUCCACAAGCUUUUCGGUACUGCAGAUUAUUGCAUCAACAUUGCAUUCAUCCUGCCACUUUUCAACCUUAUUUUUCCGCCAGAAGACCGUCCGUCACAUCCGUCACAACGCCGGAUCACACUGUGUUAUUCAGUUGGAGAAGAAAUCAUGUUCUGAUACAAGUCAUUGAAUUGGGCUAUAACAUAAUUUUCACGGUACGAAAUAAUGGCUUGCUAAUCAAUUUGAACAACUGCAUGUAUGAUGUUACUUUUGUUUUGAUGCAGGAAACAGAUGUACUGUGGCUUAAAAGUCCGUUGGUGAACUUCCAUCCGCAGUACGAACUCAGCAUUUCGUGCAAUUUCGUAAAUGUUGGAGAAAGCGCGUUUUCCGUACAAGAAGGGGGAAUCUUCUUCAUGAAAGCAAAUUACGUGACCCCGGGAUUCUUACAGGACUGGAAACUGACCAAGAUUUUGCAUCCAAACUCAACCGUCGAUGAAUCCAUGUGUGCAACAUUGGAGCUGCAUAAAGACCUAGUUGACAUUAAUGGCGUUCGUGUUCAUGGAAUAGAUACAAACCAUUUCGGUGGAUUUUGUCAGACAUAUAAUGAUAUGUUGGAAGACGCAUAUACCAUUCAUGCUAACUGCUGUCAUGAUCUCAAAAGCAAAGUUCAUGACCUGAGGAUUGUUCUAGAUGAUUGGAUUCGCUUUCGAAACCGUGUAUCAAAAAACAAUGCAACGGAGAAAAUUGCUUUGAGGUGGCCACAGAAGUGCACAGAACAUACAGCUCUCGAGUUUCCAUAA